UCUCUCUCUCUCUCUCUCUCCCUCCUUCUCUCUCUCGGACACUGUACAUUUUGUUCUGCUGUAGAACCAGGGUGGUGGGGGUUUUAGAAACUCCAAUUCUCAUGAUCAACAUCAAUUGUCCCGCAGAGAUUUUCAAUGUGGUCACUAGACUAAAGUCUAUCAAGAGUUGAGUCGCUUGAGCCUGAUAAGAGGUCACCAGGAUUCCUUUUUCGAAUAGACCAGAGCUGUGACUCGAAUAUUCUGGAAAGUCCUCAUUGUACUUUCAACCUUUCAAUUUCUUCUAAUUUUCCAUGUCUACUAUGUGCGUUAGCUCGGCUAGAGAAGGAUCCAUCAGCAGUGUUAUGUAAACGCCGAGCUUGACAAAACUGGCAUAAUUAUCAAGUAUCUUUUCCCACGAGUUUCGCUUUAUCGUAGGAUCUACGAGGAUACCUUAUCUAAAGAUAUUCCCUCGUCUGUCUUACUUUUAUUUCAGCCUAAUACACAAUGCGAGUUUCUCUUUCUAGACCUUCUCUGAGAAGAAGCUGUAGCUGAGAACAAGUCUAGAGAGAGACUAGCAUAGAGAAAAUUUCGUAUGUGAAUUGUAGCACAUUUCUAUUCGGAGAGGCGACUUGGUGCUUAGCAUACUUGAUCAUAACGUAGGAAACGAUGUCGUGAGGAUUGUUUCAAGCAGCAUUUUGCUAAGGGAUGUAACUGUUUUGAUUGUAGCACUUUCUUCUGUGAGCACUCUACUUUCGACCUCCAGUGGGAAGGCCGACCAGAAUUCCCGCAGAUUAUGCACUGAUCAUAACCAGGCUUCCGCAUGACUCAUGAAUUAGUUGUCACAACCCACGUUGUAGGCAUUAGGAACAUUUCGUAUUGCAUUGCUCUAUCAUGGUCAUUGUGCAUUUGAAGUUCCAAGACGGACCAGUUCCAGCUUAAUUUGAACUCUUCCAACUAGAAUUCGAAAGGAUAUCACAAUUAUUGAAACUGGAUGCUGUGUUACAGAUUGAUUGUCACUAAGGAAGAACAAUUUGUCCGAGUGGAGAUGGUGCACUUCGGGCAAUAUCUUCGGGACCGUCAGAUACUGGGCUGGGAAGAGUAUUACAUCGCAUACAAGUCCCUUAAGAAGAGGAUUAAACAGGAUUCAACGCGUGCUCAAAAUUCAUCCAUAGGGGCUGAGGAACGUCAUGAAAUUGUGAAAACAUUCUCCGAACUUCUGGACUGUCAGGUUGAAAAAGUGGUGUUGUUUAUGAUAGAGAAGCAAGGUCUUCUUGCAGAGCGCUUGCAGAAACUGCGGAAACAACGAGAAGCUGCUGCCACAGCAGAUUUUCUUAUCGAAUCUGAGGUUGAUGAAGGAUCGGAUCUCAAUGAGCGGCCAAGUGCCCCGGUAGUGGUUCAUUGGCAGGUCAUGGAUGAAUACAGGCAAAUCGGUACAGAGCUUCUACAACUGCUAAACUUUGUGGAACUGAAUGUCACGGGACUAAGAAAAAUAUUAAAAAAGUUCGACAAAAGGGUUGGAGUUCGCUUGGGUGGUCAGUACAUCGCCUCUCGCUCCAAUCAUCCUUAUUCCCAACUCCAGCAAGUCUUCCGCACUAUUGGAAUAGGUGCAAUGGUCGCAACCAUAUCUAGAAAUCUUGCUGAGCUACGAAACGAGAGCCUGGAGGCAGCCUCUGCAAGCAGUGCCGUUUCUCUUUUUCGUUAUGCUGCUCUUCCAGCACGAAUUAUUGAGGAAGAGCCCGUUAUUCAGGCAAUUGAAGAGACGAUGCAGCGCUUGACCCACGAGGUUAAUAUACAAACAUAUUUAUCAAAAGAGCUUCUUCUACCAGCUCCGAGCAGGAGGCAACAGGAAGCAGAAGCCGGAAGAAUACCUGGGUUGGUGCAGGAAGAAGCCCAUUUCAUGUCCAUACAAAUUAACCUAUUCAAUACAUUUUUGUACAUGGUAAAUUAUUACAUAAUAGUACCUUCAUCAGAUGACUAUGCCAAACUUUUGGAUGCGCCAGGCACGCUGUGUGGAGUGAUAAUCGGCUCCAUGCCUUUGGCCGCGCUGGUCUCAGCGCUUGUUUAUAGUUGGUGGUCCAAUUUCUCGUACAAAGCACCUUUGAUAGUCAGCUCUUUCAUUCUCAUGGCCGGCAACUUCUUGUAUGCCAUAGCUCUCCACUUCGAUUCUGUUUGGCUCCUCCUCAUUGGUCGAUUUUUAUGCGGUUUGGGAGGGGCAAGGGCUAUCAACAGGAGGUACAUAUGCGACCAUGUGCCUCUGAAGCAGCUCACGAGUGCAUCCGCGGCUUUUAUAAGUGCUAGUGCUUUGGGUAUGGCAGUUGGACCAGCCCUUGCUGGUCUGCUUAGCAGAAUCAACUUCAAGAUCUACGGGACACUACCUGUGAAUUUUGUAACUGCCCCCGGGUGGUUGUUGUUCUUGAGUUGGAGUUUGUACCUGAUUAUCGUCCUUUUUUUCUUCAAAGAGCCCGACCGAGCAACUGCAUUAUGCCGACGAAUGAGCUCUCACGCGAAUCUAAACACAAUGGACAGUAUUGUUUCAACUGAUGAAUCAACACUCGUAGCACCCCUAUUAUCUGGCAGCAUUAAUGUUGCGAACGGUUUGCAAGGGUAUCCAUCGGACGAAGAAGAAUCCAGAGAGAGCACCACCGAAGGAGACUCGGACUAUGGUGAGGAUAAGGCGGUGGAAACUGUGAGUGAUCUGAUGAAGGAACUGACCCGCCCAGUGAAAAUCCUGUUAUGGGUUUACUUCAUGCUCAAGUUCGCAUCGGAGCUUCUCAUCUCGGAGUCUAGCCUACUGACUGAUUAUUACUUCAACUGGAAAACGUCUCAGGUGGCAAUAUUUCUAUCAUUGCUGGGGUUGACGGUGUUGCCCAUGAGUGCGGUAGUGGGCAACUGCAUCAGCAACAUAUACGAAGACAGGGUGGUGGUGCUUUGGUCACAGGUAACAACAGGAGUAGGGGUGGCAGCAAUCUUGUGCUACAGCCCCUGGGUACACUACAGCGCGUACCAGUAUGUUACCGCGGCGGUAGUGAUCUUCGUGUCCACAAACGUCCUAGAGGGGGUGAACAUGUCGCUGCUGUCAAAGGUGAUGUCACCGCGGAUGUCGCGCGGCGUAUUCAACUGCGGACUGUUGUCAACAGAGGCAGGGACGCUAGCGCGGGCGAUUGCCGACGGAUUGAUCAGUGUAGCAGGGAAGUGUGGCAUUCAGAACCUAGUAAACCUGACAAUGCUGCCCACUCUCGCCAUAGUGGCCGCCACCACCGGGUACACCUGCAUCGGCUACUUCACUCUCUAUUAACCACUCCCACUGUUUUUUUAAACAUACGUAGCGUAUCAGCUGGAUGGCAGUCCUCCUUCCUUCGCUUAGAAAACUAGCUCAACAGAUGCACCCUGAUAUUGCAAGUGUGCAAGUUUUGUAGCCAUAUGCUUGGUGCUUGAGGAAGUAGGGGUUGCUACUACAGGGAUGGCAGUGCAGAGCUGGAGAGGUGAAUGGCGUCAUGUCUCCUCUUCUCUUCAAUUCUCUUCCCUUUCUCUGCUCUUCUCACGCAGCUCGUCACGCCCUCCGCUCCGCCGUUCCCUGUGUCCCCAGAGUGUAUUAAACCCCCCGCGAUUGCCUUGUUUUCUCUUCUCACUGGAUGUGUUCACGUUAUACAAUUGCAACAUUGAUCUCUUUGGAUACCUUUGGAUGCCUUUGGACUCUAUUACGCGCAUCCCGGAUGGAAGCAAGUGCAUAGACUCUAGUAGAGAGCCUUGCAGUGUUUGCCUAUCAGAUAUUGUUACUAUGUGCUAGAUUUUUCAGAAGGGAUCUUGAUUGGCUUUAUUGUUCUGAACACUGUGAAUACCUUACUCUAAAAAGAGAAAAUAUUUCUUUGACAGGUA